AUGCGGAUACCAUCAUUACUUUGGAUUCUGCACUUUAUGAAUCUCACAAAGGGUCAAGAUAACACAAAGAUUCUGCGAUACAGACGUAGCUCCUCAGUGAGCGGACUCUGCCAGGCAGGUUGUGCGACCUGCUCAACCAUGAAUGGCUGCCUGUCCUGUAAACCUCGCCUCUUCUUCCACCUGGAAAUGGAUGGGAUGAGGCAGAGGGGUUCCUGUCUGUCAUCAUGCCCCCGGGGUCACUACAGCACUCGCUCGCCACACAUCAACACCUGCACUAGGUGCAAGGAAGACUGCGCUUCCUGCUUCAGUGAAACGUUCUGCACACGCUGUCACCCAGGCCACUUCCUGUUCCGGGGCAAAUGUGAAGACAGCUGUCCGAAGGGCCUAACAGCAAACGCAGCAAUGCGGGAAUGUACAGAAUGCCCAGUAGGCUGUGAGCUGUGUGUGAGGAGUAACAUGUGUGCGAGGUGUAGAGCAGAUCUGUACUUUCUUCACGGCCAGUGCCAUAAGACCUGCCCAAGAGGAUUUGAGCCCGAUGUUCAGCUCAUGCAGUGCAUCCCCCAAGUGGACUGUGAGGUAGGAGAAUGGACAGAGUGGGGUCCAUGCAUUCGGAAACGCAGCACGCGGGCCUACAGGAAGGGAAAGGAGACACGUACCCGACAAGUCCUGCAUGCCCCUAGUAUCUAUGGUGACCCCUGCCCACACCUGUCAGAGAUCAGGAAGUGUGUCAUCAAAAAGAGACAGAGUCAAAAUAGGCUGUGGUAAAUUCAAAAGGAGAUCCUUCUGAAAUUUUAUACACACUCACCUUCUACACUGGCUGGCAACUAAGAAAAAUGUGGAAAAUUCUUGUAAAUUGUAAAAAUGUAAAACCUCAAAUAAAACUGAUUUUUUUAUAUGCAU